AUGAAAGUCGGCUAUAAACGUACGCUUCAGCCUGAGGAUAUGUAUACGUUAGAUGAAGAUGAAUCCAUUGAAAAUAUGUAUAGCAGGUUCAAUGGGUUUUUGGAAAUGGAGCUGGCUGCGGCCAAAGCCAAUCACGUUGCCAAGAAAUGCGCAGACCGCGGCGAAACUCCUGACUCCUCGAGCUUCGACCAGGAAGCAGACCUUGAGGACUUUGAAGUCCAUUAUUAUUCCAUUGCCAGAAGUUUGUUCCAUGUGUUCGGGUGGCAGUACAUGUGGGCAGCUCUGCUUAACAUCACUUCUGACCUGACAAUCGCGUUGGUUCCCUUACUUCAGAAGAAGCUUGUUAACUUUGUGGAGAAAAAGGCGUACGGAUUUAGCCCAGACAUUGGCAAAGGUGUGGGCUAUGCUAUUGGAUGCUCGCUCAUGACGUACUUCGCUGGUUUCACGAUUAACCACUACGUUUACAACGGUGUGAUGGUGGGAUCGAAGGUUAAAGCCGUGCUAACCAAGCUGCUUCUUGAGAAGAGCUUCAAGCUCGACGCCAGAGGCAGACACGAAUUCCCAGUAGGAAGAAUCAACUCCAUCAUGGGAACCGAUUUGACCAGGGUCGAUCUUGCAAUUGGAUUCUUCCCAAUCAUAUUUGAGUUCCCAAUCUCGCUUGCUGUUGCUAUUGUUCUGCUCAUCAUCAAUAUUGGAGUCUCUUCACUUGCAGGUCUUGCAGUGUUCUUUGCCUCCAUUGCAUUCACAACUUUCAUGAUCAGACUCCUUUACAAGAUGAGAAAAAGUGUUAACGUGUUCACGGACAAAAGAGUAGAUCUCGUUAAGGAGCUGCUUAAGAACUUCAAGAUGGUCAAGAUGUAUGGCUGGGAAAACUCGUACUUCAAGCAGUUUGUUGACAUCAGAAAGAAAGAGAUGAGGAUUAUUAUGCAAAUGCAGUUUGCAAGGAACAUUCUUGAUGCAAUUUCCAUUUGGCUGCCAACUGUCACAUCAAUGGCUGCAUUCGUUGUUUUGCACCAUGUCGAUCCUACCAGAAGUGUUGGUGACAUCUUCUCUUCCUUGACUCUUUUCCAGGUGAUUAUCGGUCAGUUUUCCAUGAUCCCUACUACUUUGUCCAUGUCUGCAGAUAUGAUCAUUGGCUUCAAGAGAAUUGCCAAACUGAUUUCCUGCCCGGACGCCCAAGAUCUUGAAUCUUUCCACGAACCUUUAUCCGACGAAAAGCUCGCUCUGAGACUGAACCAUGCCACUUUCAAUUGGUAUACAUUUGAAGACAUUGAUGCUGGAGAGUAUGUUUCCGAUAACAAGAGCGAAAAAUCGGUGCUUUCCUCCACUACUUUCCCUGGCCUCUUGGACUUGAACUUUUCGGUUGCAAAAGGAGAGUUCGUUGUUGUUACGGGAUCAGUUGGAUCCGGAAAGUCGUCGCUAUUGAGCGCCAUGUCUGGCUUUAUGCCGCUCAAAGACGGGUCGGUUGCAAAAAAUGGUAGCUUGAUUUUGUGCGGUUACCCUUGGAUGCAAAAUGCAACGGUGAGAGAAAACAUCACCUUCGGAGAGCCUUUUGAUCGGGAAAAGUACGAUACAGUUGUCAAAGUGUGUUCUUUGAGAGACGACUUUGCCCAGCUGCCUGCCAGCGAUAUGACGGAGGUUGGAGAGAGGGGAAUCACACUGUCUGGUGGUCAGAAGGCCAGAAUCAACCUUGCCAGAGCAGUGUACAGUGAUAGAGAUAUUAUUCUUCUUGACGAUGUUCUUAGUGCUGUGGAUGCAAAAGUUGGAAAGCAUAUUAUGGAGCAGUGUAUUCUUGGUUACCUCAAGAAUAAAACUAGAAUUCUUGCAACUCACCAGCUCUCGCUUAUCAAUGCAGCAGAUAAGGUUAUUUUCCUAAACGGGAACGGCACCAUUGAUUACGGGACUCUCAAUGAAGUCAAAGGCAGAAACUCGGCAUUUGUCAAGCUCAUGACGUUUAGCCAUGGUGUCGGUAAAGACGACAAACAGGACGAGACUAAUGACGAAAAAAAGAAGGACGAGUUUGAGGAUGACGAGGAAGAUGGAAAGCUCAUGCGGGAGGAAGAAAGAGCAAUCAACGGUAUCUCUUGGGAUGUUUACAAUAGCUACCUCUUGACGGGCUCCGGAAGUUUGGGAUACCUUUAUCCUGCAUUGAUUAUCAUCGUCGUUACUCUUUGUACUUUUGCAAUGCUCUUCACCAACAAUUGGCUGUCGUUUUGGGAAGAUAAACGUUUCCACAAGCCUUCGAACUUUUACCAGGGAGUCUAUGUGAUGCUCUGUUUUGUCAGUUUGGGGCUUUUGACGCUUUUAUUCUUGUUGAUGGCUCGUUUCUGCAAUACUGCUGCCACUGAGUUUAACAUUUCCUCGUUUAAAAGACUGCUUCACGCCCCAAUGUCUUUUCUCGAUACCACUCCAAUGGGCCGAGUGCUGAACAGAUUCACCAAAGACGCAGAGGUGCUGGACAACGAGAUCCAAGAACAGCUCAGAAUGCUUCUCUACCAACUUGGACAAAUUGUUGGAACGUUUGUGCUCUGUGUGAUCUACCUUCCGUGGUCUGCGUUAGUAUUCCCUGUGGUGUUUGUCGCGUUUUACGUGUUGUGUCACUUCUAUCUUGCAAGUUCAAGAGAAAUCAACAGAUUGGAGGCCCUGAAACGGUCUCAGGUCUACUCGCACUUCAACGAAGCACUCGCAGGAAUGGACACUAUCAAGGCGCACUCUUCUUCCAAACGGUUUUUGAAAGUCAACGGAAAGCUGAUUGACAAUAUGAAUGAAAGCACUUUCACCUUCCAAGCCAUUCAAAGAUGGGUUGCUAGCAACCUGGAGCUGAUGGUCUGUGGACUUUCGUUCGUGAUCUGUUUGCUAUGUACCUUUGGCGUAUUCAACAUCAAGGGUGCUUAUGCUGGUCUGAUUCUUACGUAUGUGUUCAACAUCGUGGGUAUUCUUUCUUUCCUGCUGCGUUCUGCCACCGAAGUCGAAAACCAGAUGAACUCUGUCGAGAGACUGAAGUUUUAUGCUUUUGACUUGCAACAGGAAGCAGCCUUUGAUGUCCCUGAAAACGAUCCUGAAUCCGAGUGGCCAGCGUUUGGGGCCAUCAGCUUCAACAGCGCUUCGAUGAAGUACCGCGAAGGUUUGCCUUAUGCGGUGAAGGGUUUGGAUCUCAAGGUUGGUGCGGGAGAGAAGAUUGGUGUUUGUGGCCGCACUGGAGCAGGUAAAUCCAGUGUGAUGUACUGUCUGUUCCGGCUGGCGGAGUAUGACGGACAGAUCACAAUUGAUGGAGUCGACAUCUCCAAGAUUGGUCUGCACAAGCUACGAACAAAACUCUCAAUCAUUCCGCAGGAUCCUGUGCUUUUCAGUGGCACGGUUCGAUCGAACUUGGACCCAUUCCAGGAACACUCGGACGACAAGUUGUGGACUGUGCUCACUAAAGCUGGUCUGAUUGACGCUUCCAUCAUUGAUCAGGUCAAGGUCCAGAAGAAAAGCGACAGAAACCUGCACAAGUUUCAUUUGGAAAGACUUGUCGAGGACGACGGAUCGAACUUUUCUUUGGGUGAGAGACAGCUUCUUGCUUUGGCUAGGGCUUUGGUGAAGGGUUCUCGCAUUUUGGUCUUGGACGAAGCCACUUCGAGUGUCGACUACGAGACCGAUGCCAAGGUCCAAAAGACCAUUUCCAGAGAGUUUGCCGAUUGUACUGUGCUCUGCAUUGCUCACAGACUGAAGACCAUUGUCAACUACGACCGGAUCAUGGUCCUUGAUAAGGGAGAGAUUGUGGAGCUUGACAGACCAAGAAAUCUCUACGAACAAGGUGGCAUUUUCCGCUCUAUGUGUGACAAGAGUGGAGUCGUGGAGGCUGAUUUUAAUUAA